AUGGGGCUGAAAUAUGAAGCACUUCAUGAGAACAACAUGAGAACAAGAAGAAUUUAUAGAGCGAAAAAAAAAUCCAUCGACCUCAGCCCUCAGUGUGUCUACAUAAAUGAUGUCGAGACUUCAGACACAUGCGAGAAUCAUCAAAUCUAUCUAGAAUCAAAACAUGUACUCGUAACUACAGAAAGUUUUGACUCUUUGGGCCAUGAAAAGCAUUACUGA